AUGAAGUUUGCUCUUGCAUUUUCCGCCCUUGCGGCUUCCACAGCGGUUACAGCUCUGUACAUUCCAGAGCCCAAGAUCAAAGAACCAGUCUACACAGUCGAGCUAGCCCCAGGUGAAACCAGACAGAUUACCGAAUCCGAGAAGUGGGAACUCCUCGGACAGGGAAAACACUUCAUCGAUAUCACAGACUACCAGCACAUCGACUCCCGCCGGGUACAAGUCUCAGCUGUCGCCUUCCCGGCCUCAGUAGCCCAUGAGGACGUCGUGAAGCCACUUAUCACCAAGCUUUCGGCCAACAAUAUUUACACCAAAUUGGAGAAAUAUACUAGCUUCAAUAACAGAUACUACAAAUCUGCUACUGGAAAGGAAGCUGCUGAAUGGCUGCUUCAGCAGGUCCAAGAUAUCAUCUCUGGCGCCGGUGGUAACAGCACCCGCGUCGCUGCUAGCGUAAAGCCCUUCGUUCAUCCAAGCUGGGGCCAAAACAGCGUUAUUGCUACCAUCCCCGGCAAAUCUGCGAACACAAUCGUUGUGGGCUCCCAUCUUGAUAGUGUCAACCAAAGAAACCCAACCAAUGGUCGUGCCCCCGGUGCCGACGACAAUGGUAGCGGGUCCAUGACCAUCCUCGAGACCCUCAGGGUACUUCUUUCCGACCCAGAAGUCGCGGCGGGACAAGCGCCAAACACCAUCGAGUUCCACUGGUAUGCAGCUGAAGAAGCCGGUCUUCUUGGCUCUCAAGCUAUUUUUGCAGCCUACAAGAAGGAGGGACGACAAGUCAAGGCCAUGUUGAACCAGGAUAUGACUGGAUACGUUCAGGGAACCUUGGCCGCCAACAAGCCCGAGGCAAUGGGUGUCGUUACCGACAAUGUGGACAAGAACCUUACGGCGUUUAUCAAGAAGGUUAUUGCUGCUUACUGCGCCAUCCCAGCUGUCGACACUCGCUGCGGAUACGCCUGCUCUGACCACGCUUCGGCAAAUAGGAAUGGAUACCCAUCUGCCUUUGUCAUCGAAUCCGCCAUGGAGCACUCUAGCGAUUUCAUCCACGGUACCGGUGAUACCAUCGAUACUGUUAGCGCUGAGCAUAUGCUCGAACACGCAAAGAUGUCCUUGGGAUUCGCAUACGAACUCGGAUACGCCGAGGGUUUGUAA